ACGGCGCGUCGACAAAACCCUCCGCGCACCCGACUCGGGAGAAAAGUGAGAAGGAUAUAUUCGUGCGAGUCGUGAUCUGUCGUCUGGCUUCAACGCAAUCCGAUCAGGGGUACUGUAAAUAGAACUUAACCGCAUUACCUUGCCUGAAAAUCCGAACUGGAGCAGAGCAAGAGGGUGCGAUUUCCGAGCGGCAGCGCCCAACGUCGUUGUCAUAGAGGUCCUCCAGUCAGUGCGUGUAUACACAGAGGGGACAUUUUCUGCGCGCGGUAGUUCGCAACGCGUUUCGCACAUUCGGUGGCGUAUUUCGGUUCCGAACCGGCGACGGGUUAUAGUAUAUAAGACACUAGUGGGCUAGGCCGAGCCAUCAGUAGUAACUUUAGAUCGCUCUAUGCCAAUGUAGAGCGUUUUUUUGCAUGCGGUCUGUUUAAAUAUCCCAUUUCGAGUCCUUUCCCGCCGUGCGUUCUAAUAGUGCUCGUUCCUUAUCGUGCGUGCGUGCGCGACGGUAGAAUUGUGUGAAAAUUCGGUGUAUUAAGAUGAAGGCAUUCGCUGCAAUUUUGAUUGUGGCAUUAGCAGCACCUAGUUUAGGAAACCCAGCACCGGACUGCCCACCCAGUGGACACAGCGGAUAUUCUUAUCCAGCACCAGAAGUACAAUUGUCCGUAGGAAAAGCAAUCAACUCUGUCAGUAUCACACCCGGAUUUUCAUCGUACUCCGAGGAUGGAGCAGUGAAAUACGCAUCCGUUGGGCCUUCGUAUAGCUCUUACGAGGCGUCUCCAGCAUACUCCGCCUACGGUAGUGAUGAUGGGCUGAAGCUCUCGAGCUAUGUUCCCGCCGUGAAAACUAUUUCUGCGACUCCAGGUGUUGUCUACGCUAAUAAAUCACCAGCAGCAACAUUCGCUUCAGUACUCCCAGCAAGUAUCACUAAAGUCGCACCAGUAUCAGCUUAUGUUGCUCCCGCUGUGGCAACCAAAUAUGUGUCGAGUGGACCAGCGUAUGUUUCGAAAGAAUAUCUUCCCCCGGUUAAAACCGUUGUUUCAACUGGACCUGCUUACUCUUCAUACGUCGCUAGCCCGGCAAUUUCAUCUUACUCUGCAGCACCGGCUGUAUCAUCAUAUAUUUCUACACCAGCUGUUAGCAAGAUCGUAAGCUCUCCCGCUUACAGUUACGCAUCAGCAGCACCUUUAGCCAAAGUCUCGUACGCUGCCCCAGUGGCUAAAGUUGCGUAUGCCGCACCAGCCGUCAGUUACGCUAAGGUUGCUGCUCCAGUAGCCUACGCUUCUUAUGCUCCUGCAGCUAAGGUGGCUAGUUUUGCAGCCCCAGCUGUGUCUUAUGCUUCAUACGCACCUGCCGCUAAAGUAGCAACAUAUGCUGCUCCAGCAGCUUAUGCCUCGUAUGCUCCAGCUGCUAAAAUAGCGACCUAUAGUGCACCAGCAGCCUAUGCUUCAUAUACUCCUGCCACCAAAAUUGCCUAUGCUGCCCCGUCCGUGAGCUAUGCUGCCCCUGUUGCGAAAGUAGCUGCUGUUGCUGCUCCUGCUGUAUCAUAUGCAUCCUACGCUCCGGCUGCUAAAGUUGCAAGUUAUGCAGCUCCUGCUGCUUAUGCAUCGUACACCCCAGCUGCUAAAUUUGCAUCCUAUGCAGCCCCUGCUGCCUAUGCAUCAUACACUCCAGCCGCUAAAUUUGCAUCCUAUGCAGCCCCAGCUGCUUAUGCAUCGUACGCUCCAGCCGCUAAAUUUGCAUCUUAUGCCGCUCCAGCUUCCUAUGCUAGUUACGCACCUGCUGCCAAGGUAGCGUACGCCGCUCCAGCGUCCUACGCCAGUUCAUAUGCCACCAGCUCAAAGAUUGCUUAUGCCGCACCUGCAGUAUCAUAUACAGCCGCUGCUCCAGCCAUAGCCAAAUACGUCUCUGCUCCUGCAGUUUCCUCUUAUUACGCAGCCCCAGCUGUCGCCAAAUAUGCCACAAGUCCUGCGAUUGCAAGUUCUUAUGUAUCAGCUCCAGCAAUAACUAAAUAUGCACCAUACUCUGCUCAUGCAUAUGCACCUGUAUCAUCAGCUUACGUUUCGCAACCCGUUGUUUCGAAAGUUGCUUAUGCUACUCCAGCCGUAGCAAAGUACGUAUCUAGUCCGGCCAUUUCUACUUACUCAGCAGCACCAGUAGUUUCAUCUUACCACUCUGGACCCGCUAUAUCUAAGGUAGUAUCCAGCCCAGCUUCAUACUCAUACGUUUCAAGUCCAGCAAUUGCAAAGGUCGCAGCUGCUCCUGCAAUUUCAGCUGCAUACAUCGCUGCACCGGCUGUUGCUAAAUACACUACCGGACCGGCUUACGCUGCCUACAGUGCUGGGCCCGCCAUAUCUAAACUGGCUGUUUCGCCUGGAGUUUCAGCCUAUAGCUCUGGAGCGGCGUUUUCCAAAAUAGUUUCAGCCCCAGCAUACUCCAGUUAUGUUAGCACUCCAGCAAUAUCCAAAGUCGUUGCCACCCCAGCCGUAGCCACAUAUGGUGCAUCUCCAGCAUACUCUGCAUAUGCCGUUGCCCCAUCAGUAACCAAAUAUGCGGCUAGUCCCGCCAUCGCAGCAUACUCUACUGACGGUGAUCAUGGUUAUUACCACGGUGGCUCAGUUCUCUCAUCUGCGCAUUAUGGAGGAUUAAGAUAUGCUGCUGCUGUGCCAGCUAUCUCUACUAGCUAUGCUGCCGCCCCAGCUGCUACCAUUUACAAAUCUGCUGUUCCUGCAACGAUCGUGAAGACAGUCGCCGAGAAACACCUCGAAUACUACGAUGACCACCCGAGAUACGCCUUUGAAUAUGGAGUAAAUGAUCCUCUAACAGGUGAUAACAAACAUCACAAAGAGGAACGCGACGGCGAUGUCGUCCGCGGCCAGUACUCUCUGGUUGAACCUGACGGUAACGUGCGCACGGUGGAUUAUUAUGCCGAUUGGGCCACCGGAUUCCACGCUACCGUAACCAACAGUAGGGACCAGGUCCACGCGACUAAAGUGCUAGGAAAACGUGCCGUUGUUGAAACGUAAUACUCCAGGCUUCCAAUCGCUGCCGAAAUGACCCACGAAAGAAAAUGAGUUUGUUUGUAGUUUUUAGAAUGUAAGUAACGAAGAAAAAUGCCAACGCAAUUUAUUUAUUGAUCGAUGCAAUAUGUCAACAGUAGCGAACGGAAGAAAACGAUUGUAAUGAAACAUCCUCUGUUUGAACUUUCUAUUUUUUUUCUAGCGAUGAUUUUCAUUAGCACCAUUUCCAUCCUACAAUCUCUUGUAAAUACUAAUUUUAAAAAAGUUAAUUUUCACGACACAAAUAACCUAAUGCCGUUUCCUGUAUAUCUGUUUUUUUUUUUCCUGCACACGACCUCUUUCUCACCUCACCUCACCUCACCAUUGUUCUGUUAAACCAUUGUUAACGAAAUGCCAGCGAGAGUAACGAGUAGCAAGCAUUUGACUCAAUCAAAGGAAAAACGCAUGAUUUCAAUGUGAUAAACGUGUCAUAAAAUAUUACUUGUAUUUGUCUGAAAGAAGAAAACGAAAUAAAAACACAAGAAAAUUCCA